AUAUUUCCGAUGGUUGCUGAAGGCAGCGAGCGAGGUUCUAAAUUAGAAGCAGAUUUUGGGAGGUGGAAGGAGUGGCUUAUUUCCAAACUUCUGCUUCCCGAGCCAACGGAGUCGUCUUCCUCCCAGAUGGACCGAUAAACCUCGCUGUAAACACCUGGGAAAAUACGACGAGGACUACAAAAAAACAAAAACAAACAAACAAACAAAGGAUGGAGUCCUCAUGUCUGGACCUGGCCCUGGAAGGUGAAAGACUCUGUAAGGCUGGAAAUUAUCACGCUGGUGUGUCUUUCUUUGAGUCUGCCAUCCAGGUUGGAACCGAGGACCUCCAAAUCCUCAGCGCUAUCUAUAGCCAGCUUGGCAAUGCUUACUUUCACUUGCAGGAGUACAACAAAGCCCUGGAGUACCAUCGACAUGAUCUCACACUUACAAGGACAAUUGCCGAUGAACUUGGUGAGGCCAAAGCCAGUGGCAACCUUGGGAACACAUUAAAGCUUUUAGGACGCUUUAAUGAAGCUGUGGUUUGUUGCCAAAGACAUUUAGACAUCACCAGAGCUAUGUGCGAUAAGGUUGGGCAGGCUCGAGCGCUGUAUAAUUUUGGGAAUGUUUACCACGCCAAGGGCAAAAGCAUCUGUUGGUCGGGGACAGAGCCAGGAGAGUUUCCAGAGGAAGCAAGGAUAGCCCUGCGCAAAGCUUCACAGUACUAUGAGGCAAACUUGUGCUUGGUGAAGGAAUUAGGGGAUCAUGCAGCCCAGGGUCGCACCUAUGGGAACCUUGGUAAUACCUAUUAUCUUCUGGGAGACUUUGAAACUGCUGUAGCAGCACAUGAAAAGCGCCUACUUAUUGCCAAAGAGUUUGGGGACAAGUCUGCUGAGAGGAGGGCACACUGUAACCUUGGCAAUGCUCACAUAUUCCUCAGCCAAUUUGAAGUGGCGGCUGGUCAUUAUAAGAGGACUCUGCAGCUGGCCAGGCUUUUGAAAGACAAGGCAGUGGAGGCCCAAGCUUGUUACAGUCUGGGCAACACCUACACACUCCUUCAGGACUAUGAGAGAGCCAUUGAUUAUCACCUCAAACAUCUGGUAAUUGCUCAGGACCUUAACGACAGGAUUGGUGAAGGAAGGGCAUACUGGAGUCUAGGAAAUGCCCACACCGCCCUGGGGAACCAUGAGCAAGCAAUGCACUUUGCUGAAAUACAUCUGGAAAUUGCCAAAGAGACUGGAGACAAAAGUGGCGAGGCAACUGCACGGAUGAAUUUGUCAGACCUCCGGCUAGUUGUGGGCUUAAAGUCCAACAUCUAUUCCAACAUCUUCAGAAAAACUAAUAACACUGCUUUGUCAGUAAGCCACCAAAGUUACCUCAACAUGUCAGGGAUAAAGUCACCAUCAAGGAAGCAAGGCAGUGCAGAGAACCUAGACCUGAGUUCAAAUCAAACUGAAAAUUCAUUGCUGCAUCAGGACUGGGAGGAAGAUAGACUCGCAAGGUCUUCAAAACAUAACACAAUAAAGGCUUCCACUAAGCUCUUCCUCUUUCACCGACUAAAAAGCAAGAACCGUAAAAACAACAGAUCUCCAAAAGACCAGCAUGACAACAUGUCAGACCACUCAGUGCCUGAUUUGGACCCACCAGUCUCUCCUAAGCCAGCAUCACAUGACACGAAUGAGGAGGAUGUUUUUUUCGACCUCCUCUCUCGUUUCCAGGGAAACAGAAUGGAUGACCAAAGGUGCUCUCUUUUAGAUGGCUCGAGCCAUCAACCUGCCAGUUCCUCUCUCUCAUCCACCCCACGUGUAGCUGAAAGGAAAUCUAUACUGGAGUGCGAAGCACCAUUGCAGGAUCCUGGUCAUUUCCUGGAGCUGCUGGCCAGCUCCCAGGCCCGUCGUCUGGACGACCAACGAGUCAGCCUGAGCCAUUUUCCUGGCUUGAGACUCAGCACCUGCAACCGGCCCAGUACACCCUCCACCUCCAACGAAAACCAAGGCCCCUCACAAGCCCCCAUUUCCAGUACAGAUCCAGCUCACACACCCUCCCAGUACAGCUGCAUCGAGACCAGUACUAACCAGCCGGAGGGCGAUGAUGUCUUCUUUGACAUGCUAGUUAAGUGCCAGGGCUCCAGAUUGAAUGACCAAAGGUGUGCUGCUCCACCCUUUGCAACACGAGGACAAACUGUCCCAGAUGAGGAGUUCUUUAGUCUCAUCUUGCGUUCGCAGUCAAACAGGAUGGAGGAACAGCGGGUCGGGCUCCCAUCUGAUGUCAGUCUGUCCAAACCAGACUGAUGUAGUGUAUGGAACUAAAUUCAAAUUUUGUAUUAUUUUAGGAUUCAAAAUGGAACUUCUGAGCUCCUGUUUUGUUUGUUUUUAUUUUCUUAAUACCAUGUCAAUGAAAUGAAACUGAGCAGAAAGCAUCAAGUAUUCAUGCUCUCCAAUUAUAUGGGCAAGGUCAUGUGGGGCGUGUGAAAUAUCACGAAUACAAAGCUUCACACUGAGAGCUGUUGUCUUUGGUUAAGUGGCAUAUUUUCCCAGUGCCUCUCAAUGACAUUAAAUGAAAAAGCCAAAAUGAAAGCAAGAAGGAAAUUAUGAACUUCCCAAAACCUUUUGGUACUGGAAGACCCUUGCCAUCAUAUACCCUCUGAUGUGCAAACACACACACUUGGGCAUCUUUUUGGAUUGGUGUAGCCUUUCCUUCUAGUUUAUUGUCAACCAAGUGUUCUUGUUUGGACAUACUAUAUCUUACAUGGGGGCCACAUUCUCUGCUUCCCCAAUGUCAAAUCAUUUGGAAAAUGGUUGUUGGAACAUGUACUGUGUUGUCCCUCGACCGAGGUGUCUCUGGACCAAAGGUUUCUUUGCCAGUCAUAAAACAAAUUUUGUUUAAAGUAUUUCAAGCAUGUAUAUUGCACUUUUGAGUGCCAUGACUAAUUAUUUUUCUUCUUUAAGGUCACACUUUUCAAGGGACUAGAACUGGUGAAAAAUAUUUUUAAUUUUAUACUGAUCAAGUCUCAAAACAAGCACCAUAAAAAAUAAAAUCUUUUUAUUCUCAUG